AUGGUACAAAAUACAUUAACACCGCAGUUGAUUAUUUCUCUAAGAGAUACGAGUAAUAAUUCGAAACCGAGCAAAUGGCCAAAAAACACACUAGUUGUGAUACCGACCAUAUGGAAAGAAAUCGAUUGGGCUAAUCGAUCAAGUUGGCCAGUAUGGCUUCGUAAUGGACUUGGCUGGUCUAAUUCAACUGCACGUUCGUAUCAUAUUCAUCUGUAUCAACGCAUUGAUCCGAAUUCUGCAUAUCCCUAUGAUUGGCCGUAUUCGGUCAAUGUUCAUGAAGAGACUGGAACCAUUCUACAAUUCAUUCAUGAUCACUAUUUCGAUCUACCAGAUAAAAUGUUGUUCAUGCACGGCAAACCCUAUGUUCAUACAAGUUAUAAUCCUAUUCAAUCAGCACUAUGCAUUCGUGGUGAUGUUCAUUUUGCAAGUAUAAACGAUGAAAGAGAAUGGAUUCAUAAGCGAUCAUGGACAUAUUGGCCUCGCGAUCCCGAUGAUAAUAUUGCGAUGAUGUACAAAUGUGCUAACCGUAUGUUGAUUUUGUUUGGUUAUGAUGGCGAAUCACAGUUAAAUCCGACACAAAUGAAAUCGAAAGAUGGAAAUGUGAUCUCAGCAUUCUGCUGUGCUCAGUUCUAUGUAACGAAAGAACGUAUUCAUCGAUAUACGUAUGAACAAUGGUUAUCUGUAUACCGUGCUAAUUUCGAACCGAUUUGUACGACAGAAAAAGAGAACGGACCACUCGGCAAAGGUAUCCAAUGGUUUGGAGGAACUUUUGAGCAUCUUUGGCAUGUUAUUCUUGGACUGUAUCCAGUUGAUGCACCAGCACCACGCAUGAAUACAACUACACAUCGAUGUCAGUGGUUUCGUGCAUCUUGCAAGGGUUCGCCUUGUUCAUUAUGA